GUUUAAUUUAACCAUAGCUUUUGUACAAGGAUCCAAGCUGGUUUGUAAUCUCUGGAACAUGUUUAAUUUAACCAUAGCUUUUGUACAAGGAUCCAAGCUGGUUUGUAAUCUCUGGAACAUGUUUAAUUUAAGCCUAUCUUUUGUAGAAGGAUCCAAGCUGGUUUGUAAUCACCAACACGUUUAAUUUAACCCUAACUUUUAUAGAAGGAGCCAGUCUGGUUUGUAAUAACCAGCACAUGUUUAAUUUAACUCUAGCUUUUAUAGAAGGAGCCAGUCUGGACUGUAAUCACCAGCAUGUCUUUAAUUUAACUCUAGCUUUUAUAGAAGGAGCCAGUCUGGACUGUAAUCACCAGCAUGUCUUUAAUUUAACCCUAGCUUUUAUUAAAGGAGCCAAGAUGGACUGUAAUCACCAACAUGUUUAAUUUAACCCUAGCUUUUAUUAAAGGAGACAGUAUGGACUGUAAUCACCAACAUGUUUAAUUUAACCCUAACUUUUAUAGAAGGAUCCAAGCUGGACUGUAAUCACCAGCACAUGUUUAAUUUAACCCUAGCUUUUAUAGAAGGAUCCUGUCUAGACUGUAAUCACUGGAACAUGUUUAAUUUAACCCUAGCUUUUAUAGAAGGAUCCUGUCUAGACUGUAAUCACUGGAACAUGUUUAAUUUAACCCUAGCUUUUAUUGAAGGAUCCAAGCUGGUCUGUAAUCACCAGUACAUGUUUGAUUUAAUCCUAGCAUUUAUAGAAGGAUCCAGUUUAGACUGUAAUUACCAGCGUGUGUUUGAUUUAACCCUAGCUUCUAUAGAAGGAGCCAAACUGGACUGUAAUCACCAGCAUGAGUUUAAUUUAAUUCUAGUAUCUAUAGAAAAGGCCAUCUUGUUCUGUAAUCAUCACCAGAAGCUUAAUUUAACCAUGGCUUCUCUAGCAGAAUCCAGUCUGGAUUGUAAUCAUCACCACAAGUUUCUUUUAACUUUAGCUUUUAUAGAAGAAUUCAAUCCCGACUGUAGUCACUGCUGCAUAUUGGUUUGGGUUUUAUUAUCAUUAACGUCAGGCUUUGAAGUUACAGCCUUUUUGAGAGACCCAUCCAAACUACCACCAGAUGUUAAGCCUAAUAAAGUCAUCAAGGGAGAUGUAUUAAACAAAGAUGAUGUCAACAAAGCUGUCAAAGGACAGGAUGGUGUUGUGAUAGUUUUAGGAACAAGAAAUGACCUGACAUUUCUGUUUUGGGAACGAGAAAAAGUUCCUCCACGACUUGUUUCUCUAACUGAAGACCAUCAAAGGAUGAUGAACGUGCUAAAGGAAAGUGACAGAGAAUGGGUGGCUUUAUUUCCUCCCCAUAUUACUAAUGAACCUGCUGCUGAAAAUUAUAUUCUGAAAAAAGACUGCAGCGUGGGGCGUGUUAUCUCCAAAUUUGACCUGGGAGAGAUCCUGGUUAAGUGUUUGAUGAUGGAUGACUAUAUAGGUCAUACUGUGGGAAUGGGGUACCCUCAAGCUUAAUGUAGUUUUACACAAAUCAAAAUUCAUAUUAGGUAUUCUUGUAUUCUACAAUUGGUAAAGAAGCAAUUGCAAUUUUAAAUUUUAGUUAAAAUAAAAGCAAAUAUUAUAACUGUACUUACAUUUAUACA